AUGGAAGUUGAGGUGGAUUUCAUCAGUGUUGAAGACAUCGUGGCAGAAGACGUCAACGAUGGCCUUCAGUACCAGCUCCCUAAGCAUCAUCGGUACAGUCCAGCUGAUAUUUUCUUUUUGGGUGAAUACACCAACACCAUGGCUCCAGUUGCCAAAGCUAUUGACAUACUACAGGGAGAAUCUGUUCACAUGGGAUGGCUGCUGCCUACCAUCACAACCCUCAUUGCCAAGCUUGAGAGAGCAAGGGUGUCACUUAGAUUCUGCAAACCGCUUGUUGAUGCCCUGCUUGACGGUCGGAAGAAAACAUUUGGGAAAAUGAUGUCUGACCCAGAGCUGGUUGCGGCAGCCAUUCUUCUGCCCAAAUUCAAAACAUCCUGGACCAGUGAUGAGGAUGUCCUCAAGCAAGGCCUCUGUUACAUCAAAAGACACCUCGCUGACCACGAUGAGUCUCUGCAGCAGCCUGACUCAUCAAGUACUUCUGAUGAAGAUGAUUUCUUCUCCAGCAUGAGGCAUGGACACGCAGAAGAAACAACAAAACAACUGGAUGCCUACCUGACAUGUACAGCUGAAGGUAUGGACAUGUUGACCUCUUUCCCUGCUGUAUCCAGUCUGUCACUCAAGCUCCCUGCCAGCUUCUGCUGCCUGCGAAAGGCUGUUUAG